AUUUAGUGCCGCAAGGAACUCGCGCAGUUCUUAUACCAUUUAUGGUACAUACAUACAUAUGUAUACAUUCAUAUAUACAAGUAUGUAUGUAACGUCACCAAUUUUGUUUUUCUGUGUUGAUUAGUUGCACACUUUCGCUAAUUCAUCCAAAUAGCUGGGGGUUUACCAACGCUACGCUCACUGGCCGCCAAUGAAGCUGGAUUGUGACGUCACUUCGUAUCGUAAAAUUCUGUGUACAAGUUUAGCCGAUUCUUUGUAAAUGUUUAAUGCAAGCAACGUGGUUGUGACGGCAGUGAGCUUUUCAAAUGAGUCAAAAAUGUUUUUCUUUUCUUUUUUUCUGUAGUAAAUUUAAAAUGAUCAUUUGUGGCUUGAAAGGAGCGCUACGCCAGUUCAGUCGUGUUGCAAACUCAAUAAGAGGAAGUCGUUAGUGCGCGAAAUCGUUUAAUCUAACAUAAAAUUAUUUUGGAAGUGGUUUUGUUGGUGUGACAACAAAAACUGUGAUAUAGCUAUAGAAUAUAAUUUAGUUUAAAAUUGCGGUAAAUAAAAAAUAAACCGCCAAGAAGUACUUGCUAGAGGGGUCAGUGUGAGUCUCUGCGUCAGUAUCGUUACAAAAGUUCUGAAAUCGUAACAUUUGGUUUACUAAGCUUGUCGAAUAAAAAUAAUAAUUGAAUUACAAAUAAGAACACAAUGGUCAUAAGCAGCUACACAUGGAAUCUCGCCAAUCAAUGCUUCAUUUUGGCAAUAACCGUUUGUAUGUCAGUGAAAUGUGCGGAAAUGAAAUUCCAAAAAACUGCCACACAUGCAUUUCUCUGUACGCUUGGAUUUGUUUUCCUUUCGGCCGAGGGCAUGAUGGUGCGUUGCAACAAUAAUUGGCUAACACGCUCCUUGCAUCCAGAUACAAAGACAACGCUGCAUUUCUGGUUGCAAUUAGUUGGUGGUAUUUUAGGGGUGGCGGGUACGCUGCAGAAAUCCCUGCCAAAGGAACACCAUUUCCGUUCGUGGCAUGGAAAACUGGGUUUAGCUGCUUGCGUGUUCUUUGUGAUCAACUGUCUCUCCGGCUCGUUGGGUCUGUACUGCUGGGGCUACCGUCAGUAUGUGUCGCCGGUAGUUAACGAUUUCAUACACAACUUUCUUGGUUUGCUAACAUUUGUAACUGCAAUGCUGGCUCAAUAUACCGGCUAUAAUACGGGCUUCUUUCGCCGCAAUUUAAAGGAGCACGAAAAAUUCUAUAAAUACUUGACAGCGGCCGUAUUGGUGCUGACUACAUGGGGACCAUUGAUGAUAUUUUUACGGAAGCUCUUUUAGAUUAGAAAUAAAUAGUUAAAACAUUAAGCAAUAAGGAAAUGUGAUUAUUGUACAAAGUUCGAAUUUAGAAGCGUGUAUGUGACUUAAAUAAUGAAAGAGCAAAUGUUUUUUUUUAUUUUUAUUGAAAUGUUAAAUUACAAGGUACCGUUUUUGAAAAUUGGAAUAAUAAAUGUAUCUAGCUUAAUUUUUUCAUAAUAUUUUUAUACUAUUGUAUGAGAAGAGUAUUGAAAAGAAGAGAAAAUAAAAGAAUCUAGCAUAGUAGCCACUAGAAAACAGUUA